GAGGGGAGGAGGAGGAGGUCGUGGUUUGGCUCCGGCUCCGGCUCCUGCUCUGGCUCCGGCAGCGGAGUUUGGGGGCUGUCUUCUGAGAAUUGAUUCCCACCCCCACCCCACCCCCGCGUCUCCGCAAAAGCAAAUGGCUGGCGUAGAAGCGUAACCCGCCUCCACUCGUCGGAUUUGUGCUUGGUGUUCCUCUUGCACCUUGAGAGUGGCGAUCGUCAUGCUGUGAUGUGUGCCGAGGGAGGAAUUGGUCACCUGCAUAUCCUGGAUCUCACAGCAUUUUGGACAUGACUGAGUGUCUACAAUGGGCCAGGUAUCGCUGGCAAUGGCUGAUGGGCGGUAGAAACAGAGGCGAGGAUGAGAGGCCAUACAGCUAUUCCUCUCUGCUUGUCUGCGGGGGCAGGUCCUCUCGGACUCCCAAACUGGCAGGAAAGCACCGGGUUGUUGUUCCCCACCUGUGGCCCUUCAAGGAUGAGUAUGAAAAGUACUCUGGCACCUACAUGAAUAACCGAAUACGGACAACAAAGUACACACUUCUAAAUUUUGUGCCAAGAAAUUUAUUUGAACAAUUUCACAGGGCCGCCAAUUUAUAUUUCCUGUUUCUAGCUGUCUUGAACUGGGUGCCUUUGGUAGAAGCCUUCCAAAAGGAAAUUACGAUGCUACCUCUCGUGGUGGUCCUGACAAUUAUUGCAAUAAAAGAUGGUUUGGAAGAUUACCGCAAAUACAAAAUUGACAAACAGAUCAACAAUUUAGUAACUAAAGUUUACAGUAGGAAAGAGAAAAAAUAUGUCGACCAGUGCUGGAAAGAUGUUGCUGUUGGGGACUUUAUUCGCCUUUCCUGUAAUGAGGUUAUUCCUGCAGACAUGGUCUUACUCUUUUCUACUGAUCCAGAUGGAAUCUGUCACAUUGAGACUUCUGGUCUUGAUGGAGAGAGCAAUUUAAAACAGAGGCAGGUGGUUAGAGGAUAUGCAGAACAGGACUCUGAAGUUGACCCAGAGAAAUUCUCCAGUAAGAUAGAAUGUGAAAGUCCAAACAAUGACCUCAACAUCCGAGGCUAUCUAGAACAUUCCAACAAAGAACGUGUGGGUCUCAGUAAAGAAAAUUUAUUACUUAGAGGAUGCACCAUUAGAAACACAGAGGCUGUUGUGGGCAUUGUGGUUUACGCAGGCCAUGAAACCAAAGCAAUGCUGAACAGUGGUCCAAGGUAUAAGCGCAGCAAAUUAGAAAGGAGAGCAAAUACAGAUGUCCUCUGGUGUGUCCUGCUUUUGGUUGUGAUGUGUUUAACUGGUGCAUUGGGUCAUGGAAUCUGGUUGAGUAGAUAUGAAAGCAUGAUGUUUUUUAAUAUCCCUGAGCCUGAUGGACAUGUCAUAUCACCAGUGUUGGCAGGAUUCUAUAUGUUCUGGACCAUGAUCAUUUUGUUACAGGUAAUUUCUGUGAGUUUGAUUCCCAUUUCUCUCUACGUUUCCAUUGAAAUUGUGAAGCUCGGACAGAUAUAUUUUAUACAAAGUGAUGUGGAUUUCUACAAUGAGAAGAUGGAUUCUACUGUUCAGUGCCGAGCCCUGAACAUCACUGAGGAUCUUGGACAGAUUCAGUACCUCUUUUCUGAUAAGACAGGAACUCUCACUGAGAAUAAGAUGGUUUUCCGAAGAUGUAGUGUGGCAGGGUUUGAUUACUGCCAUGAAGAAAAUGCCAAGAGGUUAGAGUCCUACCAGGAAGCUGUCUCUGAAGAUGAAGAUUCCACAGACACUCCCAGCGACUCCCUCAGCAAUGUGGUGAAACCGAGGGCCCCCAGCUGCCAGAGGGUUCAUAAUGGGCCCUUGGGAAGUAAAUCCUCGAAUCAUCUUGCUGGGAACUGUUUAGCUCUGGGAAGUGGAGAAGGAGCCAGUGAAGUGCCUCACUCCAGACAGGCUGCUUUCAGUAGCCCCAUUGAAACAGAUGUGGUACCAGACACCAGGCUUUUGGACAAGUUUAAUCAGAUUACACCUCACCUUUUUACCCCACUAGAUGAGACUAUCCCAGAUCCACCACUCGAGACCUUGUACAUCAUAGACUUCUUUAUUGCAUUGGCAAUUUGCAACACAGUAGUGGUUUCUGCUCCUAACCAACCACGGCAAAAGAUUGGACUCUCAUCACUGAGUGGAAUGCCUAUAAAGUCCUUGGAAGAGAUUAAAAACCUCUUCCAGAGAUUGUCUGUCCGAAGAUCAAGUUCGCCAUCUCUUGCCAGUGGGAAAGAGCCCUCUCCUGGGGUCCCAAAUGCCUUUGUGAGCAGACUCUCCCUCUUCAGUCGAAUGAAACUGGCUUCUCCUGUGGAGGAAGAGGCCUCCCACAUGAGCGAGAGCCCCCAGGGCUCUAGUAACUCUUCUUGCCCUACAGAAACUGAGCAAAGGAAUAGGGAUCCGGGCCUCCCAGAGGGCGAGGUAGCACCCUCCUCUGGACAGCCGUUGGCCUCCACCCUGUGUUAUGAGGCUGAGAGCCCCGAUGAAGCGGCCUUGGUGUAUGCCGCCAGGGCCUACCAAUGCACUUUACGGUCCCGGACACCAGAGCAGGUCGUGGUGGACUUCGCUGCUCUGGGACCAUUAACAUUUCAACUCCUGCACAUCCUGCCCUUCGACUCAGUAAGAAAAAGAAUGUCUGUUGUCGUUCGGCACCCCCUUUCCAACCAGGUCGUGGUGUAUACGAAGGGUGCUGAUUCAGCCAUCAUGGAGUUGCUCUCAGUGGCUUCCCCAGAUGGAGCAAGUCUGGAGAAACAACAGAUGAUAAUAAGGGAGAAAACCCAGAAACACUUGGAUGACUAUGCCAGACGGGGCCUACGCACUUUAUGUAUAGCAAAGAAGGUCAUGAGUAACACUGAAUAUGCAGAGUGGCUGAGGAACCAUUUUUUAGCUGAAACCAGCAUUGACCACAGGGAAGAAUUACUCCUUGAAUCUGCCAUGAGGUUGGAGAACAAGCUCACUUUACUUGGUGCUACAGGCAUUGAAGACCGUCUGCAGGAGGGAGUCCCUGAGUCCAUCGAAGCCCUUCAGAAAGCCGGCAUCAAGAUCUGGAUGCUGACAGGGGACAAGCAGGAGACAGCUAUCAACGUAGCUUAUGCAUGCAAACUACUGGAGCCGGGUGACAAGCUCUUUAUCCUCAAUACCCAGAGUAAAGAUGCCUGUGAGACGCUGAUGAGCACCAUUUUGAAAGAACUUCAGGGGAAGAAUCCCGCCUCUCCAGAGCGAGCGUCCUUAAGGGAGGGCUUACAGCACCCACAGGACUGCGGGCUUCGGGCUGGCCUCAUCAUCACUGGGAAGGCCCUGCAGUGCGCCCUGCAGGAGGGGCUGCAGAGGCAGUUCCUGGAGCUGACUGCCUGCUGUCAGGCUGUGGUCUGCUGCCAAGCCACCCCCCUGCAGAAGAGCGAGGUGGUGAAGCUGGUUCGCAGCCAUCUGCAAGUGAUGACGCUGGCCAUCGGUGAUGGUGCAAAUGAUGUUAGCAUGAUUCAAGUGGCAGACAUUGGGAUUGGGAUCUCAGGUCAAGAAGGCAUGCAGGCGGUGAUGGCCAGCGACUUUGCCAUUGCUCAGUUUAAGCAUCUCGGCAGGCUCCUCCUUGUCCACGGGCACUGGUGUUACACACGACUCUCCAACAUGAUUCUCUAUUUUUUCUACAAGAACGUGGCCUAUGUGAACCUCCUUUUCUGGUACCAGUUCUUUUGUGGAUUUUCAGGAACCUCCAUGACUGACUACUGGGUGUUGAUCUUGUUCAACCUCCUUUUCACUUCCGCUCCUCCUGUCAUUUAUGGUGUCUUGGAGAAAGAUGUGUCUGCAGAGACCCUCAUGCAGCUGCCGGAACUUUACAAGGCUGGUCAGAAAUCAGAGGCAUACCUACCCCUUACCUUCUGGAUCACCUUGUUGGAUGCCUUUUAUCAAAGCCUGGUCUGCUUCUUUGUGCCUUAUUAUACCUACCAGGGCUCAGACAUUGACAUCUUUGCAUUUGGAAACCCCUUGAACACAGCUGCUCUGUUCAUCAUUAUCCUCCACCUGGUGAUUGAAAGCAAGAGUUUGACCUGGAUCCACAUGCUGGUCAUUGCGGGUAGCAUCUUGUCUUAUUUUUUCUUUGCCUUGGUUUUUGGAGCCAUGUGUGUCACUUGCAACCCACCGUCCAACCCCUACUGGAUUAUGCAGGAGCACAUGCUGGACCCCGUGUUCUACCUGGUUUGCGUCCUCACAACAUGCGUCGCUCUUCUGCCCAGGUUUACAUACCGGGUUCUUCAGGGAUCCCUGUUUCCAUCUCCAGUUCGGAGGGCUCAGCACUUGGACAGAUUGACUGCGGAGGAGAGGACUGACGCUCUCAAGAAGUGGAGAGGGGCCGGAACAGCGGGUCGGGCGCCGUCGAAGUAUGCUGAGCGCUCGGCUGCCAAGGCCAAGAGAGGAGCCCCGUCCGGCCCGCCUACCGCCUUGACAGUGGUGUCAGCACCGUCUUGUGCUGUCGAGCAGGGGAGCUCGUCUGUCCGUGAAACCGCUUUGGACUCAGACUUCUGUGAAACCAAGGCCUCAGGGAUGGCGAGGCCCUCUGAGGGUUAAAAAAAAAAAAGAAGAAAAGAAAAAAAAGCAAGGUAUCCUCCUUGGCGUGGCAAGUCUCCCUUCAAAUCUGGAAGAGGGCCUUUGAAGAGGCCCCUCUAGCAAGCAAGAAUGAGGUGGAUUUUUCUCGAGGGGACACCAAGAUUCUUCUGUGCCCAGAAAAGCCAAUGUGAUGACCUUUCUUGUAUGUUUGUAGAUACAUUUGGAAGAGAGGUUGCAGUUUGACCUGAACUGAGUUUCGGGAGGUGAAAUAUUUCAUCCCGAAUCAAACACUUUUAUGAAAACUUUUUGGAUUUUGUAAAAGCAUUUUAAUUGUCUUAGACGUACAGACAUUCCUAAGGGAUUCAUUUGAGAUGUAUUUAUUUUGUUGGGAGAUCUCAGAUUCCAGGGAAAUGCUUUCAGCGAGCAGACUCCAAUCUGAAUUUUCUUUAAUGAAAAAAAAGGAGUUUUUAGAUCAGUUAGAAUGCAGAAGAGAUUGCCACAUGAAAAAAAAAAUAUUAUAAAUGGUUAAUUUCCAGAGAAAAAAUUCCAGAGAGCCUUUUAAAUGACAAUGUACCUAAAAUAGGGCAAUAACUGUACUGUUGAAAAUGUGGUUAGUGAUUAUUAAUAGCUUUUUAUUUCCUCCAGGAAGGUGCCUUUGUCUGACUGCCGAUGUAAGGCAUCCGUCUCUGCUCGUUUCAGUGUUCUCUUGAGGCGGAGCCUUCAUGGGGAAGGGGCAGACCGGUGCCAGGGUUCGGUAGGAAUAUGUUCCUCUCUCUGCUUUCAGGCAAGAGAAGACCUUUUAUGAGGUCUGCCUCUGUGCAGAUGUCAGCUGGGAAACACAGGCCAUAGGCAGGACAGACACAGUCAGCUCGUUCUGUAGCCUGCUUGGCAAUUUCCUGUAUUCUAAAACUUAGCAAUAGCCUGAUCAAGAUGAGACAAUCAAUUUAAAGACAAUCUGCAAGGUCUCUGGUGUUGUAGCCUUUAAAAAUGAGAUAUUAUGCAUUGAGACUAAUACAGGUGAUUCUCAGCAGGAUUCCGUGAGGUUCUUAGAAAAAUUUGUUUUUAAAUACAUUUUAGGACAGGAAUGUCGUUAGCAAGUUAGUUGCUCGUUGCAAAUCAUGUGUGUUGGCUUUAGAUGGAACAAAGAGACUAGUUUACCAACUGAGCCCAGAUGUUACAAGAUCAUCUAUUUUUGUUGAGUUCUUUUAAAAUUCAGUAUCUAUUCAUCUGAAAAUUGUCAGCCACUAACCACCCAGAAUCUCCUUCCUGAAAUCUCCAUGCUGAUGUUCUAUGUGUGUAUCAAGAUCUUAUGACUAUUGAUCUGUUAUCCUCAGGGCUUCAUCUUCUCCUGCUGCCUCUUUGUCCUGGUCUGACAUUUUUUUGUAACUGUCUGAUAUUACUGCAAAUAGUCCUUUAUGGAGACUGAUUUCUAGAACUUUCAAAAUCCCACAUGUCUAUUGGAGGUUUUCUGCUUUAAUGAUUUUUUAAAAUAAACUGUUUAAUAAAUCAUGUGUACGAAAA